GAACACAACCCUGUCAGUUGUCUCAAUUGUACAAAAGAGUGUCAGAGGUGUCAAGUGAAGCUUGAAAAAUGGAAAGAAAAUUUGAUUUUCGUUGUGGAAACUACGGUAAAAAAAAUCUUAUUUACGCUAUAAAGAGCGCCAAACAUCCGUGGCACUACUUCGAAGAGAAAGAUACGCUCAGUUCUGAGCAUGGUUCGUUGCCAGCAGUUUUGGAUUCUAUGAUCAGUAAAUUGAAUAAGAUCAGUACCAUCGAAGUUUCGUUAGACGAGUCCCAAUGGAGAAGCUAUUAUGAAAAUGGAAGAUUCGUUUUCAACAAUGUAAAACUGAAAACUUACAUGCAACUUGCAGGCGAAGACGUUGAACGUACGGCUUUCAACACUAAGUCAUACAAGACCACGGACCAAUUGGUUUUUGUUUCUGGUCAAACCAAUCCACUUAUUUUUCUCAAAGAAUACGAGAAAUGUCGAGACAUAAAGUAUGACGAAGAUAAAAUGUUUAAAAUCAGAAAUUUUGUUGACGCGUCACAUAAAGCCGAAUUCAGUGAGAUGUACCACACAAGUGACUGGCAGACCGUUCGGAAAGCGUUCUUAAAAAGAUAUGCGUUGUCUUUCAUAGAAAACAAGAAGAGAGCCUUGAACGUCGACUUUUUCGAGGAACUGAGUCUACGCUCAUUCGUGGAACGAAAGCUCAACGGUUUCUCGUCGUAUACCACUUUGACAUUCAUUAAUCAAAUGGAAAUGGUUCUGUGCGAUCUGCCGAUUGAAAUUUCAUGUCUCUUUCUGGUAAACGAAAUAAUGACGAGAAGCAAAACGGAAAUUCUGGAUUUCUGUGACAUGGUUCAAGAUUUGGCUCUUAAAAUAUGUCAGAAGCCAGAUACACAAAACGUGGACCAUCUCGAGCCCCAAAACCCAUUCAACUCGUUGAAUAUAAUCAGAUCUGACGUAUCACAGUCUCCGAGCAUCAUCAAACGGUCAGAUGGAAGAAAUGAAAGUAAUUCCGACGACAGCGAGUGGGAAACCAUCAGUAAGUCAUCGAUGUCAGUUGACAAUUCAUCGAAGAUUAAACGAGGCGGAGGACCUGGUCGUACAGAAAGUGUUGCUAAAAGAGAACGUGAAAGUCCACGAAAAACCGAUAAGAAAAUGCUCGAAGAGAACACAGACUACGACGCGGAAUUUUCGAUUCAAACGUCAGAUGCUUUCAGCGCAUCUCAGAUAUUCAAACUCUACUAAAAUGUUGAUAACUGAAAUGAAUUCAGUGAUUUCUAAGUAACUUUUUCUUUCUAAAUUGGGCGUAACGAAUUUGUUGUUGGACUUGCGGUAUGACGUUAUGACGUCUACAAAUCCACAACUCCACAAUAAUUCACAGCUCCUUGUAUCAUUGCCUUUUACUUUUCAAUAAAGUAUGAAUU